AACCGGGCCAAGCUAAAGCUAGAGCUAGUGCAGUGUCCCUCUCGUCUCUCCUUUACCAACCGCUUCCUCCUCUCUCCUUGGAUUCCACUCCUCGUCCUCGGAGCAGUUGCUGCAGCCCGCAGCCUCUGCGCCUCACCCUCCCCGCCCCAUCCGCCUAGAGCUUCCUCGGUGCGCCCCCCCCCCCCCCCCCCGCCCUGCCUUCUCCGGACCUCACCGGUGGCCGCUGUGCCGCUUCAGGAGGUUCUCCUCUGAGUGCCGGCCGCCGCUGUGCCGCGUUCUUGGGUUUACCGGGUUCCUGCGCUCGUCUGUGCAAUGCCGGACCUAACCUCGGCUGAGGUUAGGGUUCUUGGCCCGGAGCUCGUGCGGUUUUGAUUUUUUGAAGGUUAGUGGAGGGAAAGGGUUCGGAUUUCAAGGCGUUCUUGGUUGCGUGCUUGUCUUCGGGGAGGGGAAUCUUGUGUUCGUGGAGGGGGUUUUAGCUCUAUGAGGAGGGUGAUUUUCUACUAGCGAUUGCGUCUUUUUGCUCGGUUCUUGAGGAAUUCAAAUGGAAUUUUUUUGCUCGGUUCUUGAGGAGUAAGUGGAAAACCCGGUCAAGUUUGAAUUUUUGGGCGGUAAAAGCUCGGGGAUUGGGCGGAAAUGGCUUCCAUGGCCGGGGCGCCGAGGGUUCGGUCCCUGAACAUCGCCGCUCCGGAGGCGGAGGCGCGGCCAGUGCUGGUGCCGGGGGGCAACAAAGCCAGGUCGGGUCCGGCGAACGCCCGGAAACCGUCCCCGAAGCCGCUGAGGAAGGUGGAGACGGCGGCGGUGGGGACGCCGGACAAACCUGCGGCUGCCGCGGCCAAGGAGGAGGAGGGCCUUAAGAGGAAUGCUGCCGGCGGGGGUGGAGGUGGUGGUUCUGGUGCUAGCAAGGGCGCGUCCCCUUUGCCGUCGCCACGGCGCACGCCACCUGGGCCGCCGCCGAGGAAGAACGACGUGCCUCCUCAACCAAGCUUGUCGCUCAACGUGUCUUGUUCCUCGGAUGCCUCCACGGAGUCGAUCCGUGUCCGGGCCUACGCCGGAAGGAUGGAGAGGAGCCGGUCUGCUUGGCCGGCUGCGCCCAAGCACGGCAAGGCUGCCGGUAAGGUGGUGGAGAGCAAGUCCGCCGGUGCGGAGGUCGUUGCUCCGGUGACUGUGGAACUGGAAGGGAAGAGGAGGUGCGCGUGGGUGACUCCAACCACCGAUCCAUGCUAUGUCACUUUCCAUGAUGAGGAAUGGGCGGUUCCAGUACACGAUGAUAGGAGAUUGUUUGAGCUACUUGUACUCUCUGGUGCAUUGGCUGAGCUUACAUGGCCUGAAAUUCUCAAGAGGAGGCAAAUUUUCAGGGAAAUUUUCAUGGACUUUGACCCUGCUGCUGUCUCUAAAAUAAAUGAAAAGAAGCUUGUGGCACCUGGAAGCGUUGCAAAUUCUCUUUUGUCUCAGCAAAAGCUCCGAGCUGUACUCGAAAAUGCUCGCCAGAUACUUAAGAUUGCCGAUGAAUUCGGAUCCUUCGAUCGAUACUGUUGGGGUUUUCUGAACCACAAGCCUAUCGUAAGCAAGUUCCGGUAUCCAAGGCAAGUUCCUGUCAAGAGUCCCAAGGCAGAGAUAAUCAGCAAAGACAUGGUCAGAAGGGGGUUCCGGGGUGUGGGUCCAACGGUCAUAUAUUCCUUCAUGCAGGCAGCAGGGCUAACCAAUGAUCACCUUGUCAGUUGCUUCAGGUUCAAAGAAUGCAAUGCGAGUGACACCGACAGGGUAAACAUGAAGGCAGAUCUGAAAAAAGAUGAGAUGACAACAAAAAUCUGUUGUGAGGAGAUCACCACUAACGCAGAGGUGCCGAGGAUGAUCGAUGCUCUCACCGUUUCAUAGGACCAUGUGGCAUAGCAAUGGCUACUGUACUUGUAUUAUCUUUAUGUAGGCUGUGCUAGGUUAUCCUUUAAAUGAGCUUAGGAAUCAAAAUGCUUGUGUAUAAAUCACUUGUGUUGGUAAUGCAACUCAGUUUGUAGAUUGCUAUCCCUUUUUACUGAUGUAGAAAUUGUUCCUGUCAAUCAUUCAACAGUUUUUCCCCUUAUCA